AUGACGCCGUCAUCGAGCGACCCAACUGUCCUUAAUAACACAUUUCACUUCGAAUCCUCAACACAUACCUUCGAUAUCAAAUGGACGUCGCUGGGCGCUACAACAUCACAACCACUCAUCUUUAUACACGGCACUCCUUGGUCUUCCCGCGUCUGGGCACCCUUCGCACUGGCUCUAUCACGCAACUACCGCGUUUACCUCUUCGAUAACCCUGGCUUCGGAGAUUCACCUAUCGAACAACCUCUUCCUAAUGCCUCCUUCAACCCAAAGAACGAAGUGGAGAGACUAGACAGCGAUCUCGCUCGUCAAACCUCAGCCUUCGCCGGCCUCUUCAAAUACUGGGAGAAAACCGAGGGAUGGAAAGCAGCUCCACAAGUCGUCGCUCACGACCACGGCGGACUAAUGAGUCUGCGUGCCAACUUACUACACGAUUGUCGCUACUCCAGUCUCUGCCUGAUCGACGUCGUUGCCAUCGGCCCCUUCGGUCAACCCCUCUUCAAAAGCGUAGCAGAAAACCCCACAGCAUUCGAAAACCUACCUGACAUGGCUUUUGAAGGCAUCCUCGAAUCAUAUAUCCGCAACGCUGCACACACUGCAUUGAACGCUGAGACGAUGAACGUUCUCAAAGCGCCGUGGGUUGCAAAAGGCGGGAAGAAAGGCUUCGUCCGCCAGUUGUGUCAAGCGGCGAACCGGAAUACGGAGGAGGUUGAGGGGCGGUAUGUAGAGGUGGGGCGAAGUUUUCCUGUAAAGAUCAUUUGGGGAAAGCAAGAUAACUGGAUUCCUGUAGAGGAUGCGCACAGGCUUGGGGAGGCGCUAGGUGUCAAAGAAGCGGUAGAGAUUGAGGCGGCGGGGCAUCUGGUCAUGUAUGAUCAGCCGGGUCAGUUGGGUGUUGAGCUGGGUAUGUGGUUAGCCUCCUUGGGCGUGUAA